AUGACCGAUCUUCACCCAAUUUGUCUGAUCGAAAUGAACGAAGCUGUUAGCCAGUACUUGCUUCAAGUAUUUGGUACUAAGGGUCACCAUCUUGCUAGGUUAUCAAGACGCCAGAUCACAAGACUUGAAUCAACUGCAGGGGUAAUUCUUAACUUCGACUUAACUCUUACAGAUAGGAAAGAUGUCAUUGACUCCAAGCGUGAUAGUCUUUGUGCGUUCUUACGCAAACAUCCAUGGGUUGAUAUAGAUUGUCAAUCACCUUACGAAGAUCUUGUUGAAGCAUUCACGAUUUACAGACAACUCCUUGACAGACCUGAGCAGAACAUUCUGGUCGAACGUGAUGGCACAUUAAACCCAACAGACCAGCAACUCCAGAGAGAAGAAGCUUAA